CUCAUCCCCACCUUAGACCUCUCCUUCUGCCCUUGGCUCCUCUUCAUCUCCCACUCCUCAGGCAGCGGUCCCACUUAGUCCUGGGGACUCACUUGUGUCCUUCUUAUCUCACUUUCUCCCCGCUCAUCCCGGGGUGGUCUGACCUUGGGACAAGGAAGGAUGGUUCCUGGGAUGAUUCUCAUACCCUCUUUGCUGGGACUCGUGAUGUUCUGGCUCCCGUUGGACUCGCAAGCACGAGCCCGCCCAGGCAAAGUCUGCCUUUUUGGUGAAAAGAUAUAUACCCCUGGCCAGAGCUGGCACCCGUACUUGGAACCGCAAGGCACGAUAUACUGUGUGCGCUGCACCUGUUCUGAGAAUGGCCACGUGAAUUGUUACCGCCUCCGGUGCCCACCCCUCCACUGCUCACAGCCUGUGAUGGAGCCACAGCAAUGCUGUCCCAGGUGUGUUGAUCCCCGUGUCCCCUCUGGCCUCCGGGUUCCCCUAAAGUCCUGCCAGCUCAAUGAGACCACAUUCCAACAUGGAGAGAUCUUCAGUGCCCAGGAGCUGUUCCCUGCCCGCCUGUCCAACCAGUGUGUCCUGUGUAGCUGUAUUGAGGGCCACACUUACUGCGGUCUCAUGACUUGCCCUGAACCCAGCUGCCCCAUCAUACUCCCUCUGCCUGAUUCCUGCUGUCAGACCUGCAAAGACAGGACAACUGAGAGUUCCACGGAGGAGAACGUGGCACAGCUGCAGCACGGAGAGAGGCAUUCCCAGGAUCCAUGCUCCGAGAGGAGAGACCCCAGCACUCCAGCCCCCACCAGCCUCAGUUCCCCUCUGGGCUUCAUCCCUCGACACUUCCAGUCAAUAGCAAUGGGCAGCACGACCAUCAAGAUUAUCUUGAAGGAGAAACAUAAAAAAGCUUGCACACACAAUGGGAAGACAUACUCCCAUGGGGAGGUGUGGCACCCUACUGUGCUCUCCUUUGGCCCCAUGCCUUGCAUCCUGUGCACAUGUAUGGAUGGUUACCAGGACUGCCACCGUGUGACCUGCCCCACCCAAUAUCCCUGCAGUCAACCCAAGAAAGUGGCUGGGAAGUGCUGCAAGAUCUGCCCAGAGGAUGAGGCGGAUGAAGACCACAGUGAGGUCAUUGCCACCCGCUGUCCCAAGGUACCAGGCCAGUUCCAUGUGUACACGUUGGUAUCUCCAAGCCCAGACAGCCUACACCGCUUUGUCCUGGAGCAUGAAGCCUCUGACCAGGUAGAGAUGUACAUCUGGAAGCUGGUGAAAGGAAUCUACCACUUGGUUCAGAUCAAGAGAGUCAGGAAGCAAGAUUUCCAGAAAGAGGCUCAGAACUUCCGGCUGCUCACCGGCACCCAUGAAGGUUACUGGACCGUCUUCCUAGCCCAGACUCCAGAGCUGAAAGUUACAGCCAGCCCAGACAAAGUGACCAAGACAUUAUAGCAAGGACCUAAACAGUUGCAGAUAUGAGUUUUAUUGGUUUUGUUAUUAUAUAUUAAUAAAGAAGUCGCAUUACCCUC